UUGGGCGCUUUGAAUUUUUUUUUUUUUUUUUGAUAAUUCUUUAUUAGAAUAGUGUUACCGUUUGCUAACCAUGGUUAAAACCCAGUUUCCUGCAUAGCUGAGCAAACCUCAAAGAAGUGAAGUGGUGGAGGGUCCACUGAGUCUGAUCCCGUCUCAGACUCUGCUCGUGUCACGUGCUGGCUGAAAUGCAAUUUGCCUUCUCUGCUUUGUUUACUUUCCUUGUGAAGCGCUCUCCUAAGACCUAACCUUUACUCAGUGGCUGACUUUCUUUAUGGGAGUAAAAGGAAGCCUCAUGAAAUCACUGUUAUGGGAAUGAUACAAGCUAUCUAGUAUUCAAAGUUCUAAACAUUAUUUAAAAGGCAAAGAUACCCCAACACAUCAAAACAAGACCAAAAAGUCCACCAGCCACUCUUUCAACUGAAGUGAUGAAACCCAAAGAAUUCAGAUAGCGAAAUGGAGAAAAUGAGAAGAAAGUUCAUCUGAAAAUCCGCCAUUUGUGAAGUGAUGAAGAACGUUUACUGGCUUAGUCUGAAACUUGUCAAGUUUGCAACUCUUGGCUGCCUAUGGAUUUCUGUGGUCCAGUGUACAGUUUUAAACAGCUGUUUAAAGUCAUGUGUAACUAACCUGGGCAGACAGCUUGAUGUCGGCACACCUCACAAUCUGAGUGAACCGUGCAUCCAAGGAUGUCAUUUCUGGAAUUCAGCAGAUCAGGAAAACUGUGCCUUAAAGUGUAAUGAAACCUAUGCUGCAGUUUAUGAGCGAGAAUCCUGUGAAGUCGGCUGCAGCAGUGGGGAAGGCGCGUAUGAAGAGGAAGUGCUAGAAAAUGCAGACCUCCCUACUGCACCCUUUGCUUCUUCCAUUGGAAGCCAUGGUAUGACAUUACGAUGGAAAUCGGCCAACAUCUCUGGAGUAAAAUACAUCAUUCAGUGGAAAUACACACAGCUUCCUGGAAGCUGGACUUACACUGAGGCCGUGUCCAAGCUCUCCUACGUGGUAGAGCCCCUGCAUCCCUUCACUGAGUAUGUUUUUCGAGUGGUUUGGAUCUUCACAGCCCAGCUGCACCUGUAUUCCCCUCCAAGUCCCAGUUACAGGACUCAUCCUCAUGGAGUUCCUGAAACUGCUCCUUUCAUUAGGAAUAUUGAAAGCUCAAGUCCCGACACGGUGGAAGUCAGUUGGGCUCCACCUCAAUUCCCAGGUGGACAUAUUUUGGGCUACAACUUAAGGCUGAUCAGCAAAAAUCAGAAAUUAGAUUCAGGGACACAGGGAACCAGUUUCCAGUUUUACUCCACUCUACCAAAUACCACCUACAGGUUUUCUAUUGCAGCAGUAAAUGAAGUUGGUGAGGGGCCGGAAGCAGAAUCUAGUAUUACCACUUCAUCUCCAGCAGUUCAAGAAGAGGAACAGUGGCUCUUUUUAUCCAGGAAAACUUCUCUAAGAAAGAGAUCUUUAAAACAUUUAGUAGAUGAAGCACAUUGCCUUCAGUCAGAUGCCACACACCAUAAUAUUACAGGAAUAUCAGUUCAUGUCCACCAGCAAGUUGUUUAUUUCUCUGAAGGAACUCUCAUAUGGGUGAAGGACGCUGCCAACAUGUCUGAUGUGUCUGGCCUGAGAAUUUUUUACAGAGGUUCAGGAUUAAUUUCUUCCAUCUCCCUAGACUGGCUUUAUCAGAAAAUGUAUUUCAUCAUGGAUGAACUGGUAUGUGUCUGUGAUUUAGAGAACUGCUCAAGCAUUGAGACAAUUACACCUCCCUCAAACAUUGCACCUCAAAAAAUUGUGGCUGAUUCAUACAAUGGGUAUGUCUUUUAUCUCCUGCGAGAUGGCAUUUAUAGAGUCGACCUUCCUGUGCCCUCCGGUGGGGGCUCAGAAGCUAUGCAUAUUGUGCAGAGUGGCACUUUAAAGGACUUUGCAAUCAAGCCCCAGUCCAAGCGAAUCAUUUACUUCAACGACACCGCCCAAGUCUUCAUGUCAACCUUUCUGGACGGCUCUGCAUCCCACAUCGUCCUACCUCAUGUCCCCUUUACUAAUGUGAAGAGCUUCGCUUGUGAAAACAAUGACUUCCUGGUCACAGAUGGCAAGGCCGUUUUCCAACAGGAUUCGCUGUCUUUUAAUGAAUUCAUCGUGGGAUGUGACCUGAGUCACAUAGAAGAAUUUGGCUUUGGCAACUUGGUCAUCUUUGGCUCAUACACCCAGCCACACCCGCUGCCAGGCCGCCCGCAGCAGGUCUCCGUGCUGUUCGGCUCCCACCAGGCCCUGGUUCAGUGGAAGCCCCCCACGCUCGCCGUCGGAGCCAACAAUCCUUUGUUUGCCCUUGCUGAUGUCAUCCUAGUCAGUAAUAUUGUUUAACUCUUCCGCAUAGGUCCUUCUGCCUGGCAGGACUGGACUUAUGAGGUGAAAGUAUCAACUCAAGACCUUCCUGAAACCACUCACGUGUUCUCUAAUAUAAGUGGGACCAUCCUUAAUGUACAUGACCUUCAGAGUGCUACAAAAUAUGAGGUUUCUGUGAGAGCAAGUUCUCCCAAGGGGUCAGGCCCUUGGUCAGAGCCCUCAGUGGGAACUACUCUGGUACCAGCUGCAGAACCACCAUUUAUCAUGGCUGUGAAAGAAGAUGGACUUUGGAGUAAGCCAUUAAAUAGCUUUGGCCCGGGAGAAUUCCUAUCCUCUGAUAUAGCAAAUGUGUCAGACAUGGAUUGGUAUAACAACAGCCUCUACUACAGCGACAUGAAAGGUGAUGUUUAUGUAUGGCUGCUGAAUGGGACAGACAUCUCAGAGAAUUAUCACAUACCCAACAUUGCAGGAGCAGGGGCUUUAGCUUUUGAGUGGCUGGGUCACUUUCUCUACUGGGCUGGAAAGACCUAUGUGAUUCAAAGGCAGUCUGUGUUGACAGGACACACAGACAUUGUGACUUACGUGAAGUUGCUGGUAAAUGAUAUGGUGGUGGACUCAGUUGGUGGAUAUCUCUAUUGGACCACAUUAUAUUCAGUUGAAAGUACCAGGCUAAAUGGAGAAAGUCCACUUGUAUUACAGGCACAGCCUUGGUUUUCUGGGAAAAAGGUAAUUGCUCUAACUUUAGACCUUGGUAAUGGGUUCCUAUAUUGGUUGGUUCAAGACAGUCAGUGUAUUCACCUGUAUACAGCUGUUCUUCGGGGUCAGAGCAGUGCCGGGGACGCCACCAUCACAGAAUUCGCAGCCUGGAGCACCUCCGACAUUUCUCAGAACGCACUGAUGUUCUACAGUGGUCGGCUUUUCUGGAUCAACGGCUUUCGGAUUAUCACAGCUCAGGAAAUCAGUCAGAGGACCAGCGUCUCCAUUUUGGAACCAGCCAAAUUUAAUCAGUUCACAAUUGUUCAGACAUCCCUCAAGCCUCUGCCAGGGAACUUCUCCUUUACCCCUAAGGUUAUCCCAGAUGCCAUUCCAGAGUCUUCGUUUAUGAUUGAAGGAAAUGCUUCGAGAUUUCAUAUCCUCUGGAAUGCUCCCCCAGCAGUGGAUUGGGGCAUCAUUUUCUACAGUGUGGAAUUUAGUGCUCAUUCUAAGUUCCUGGCUAGUGAACAACAGUCUAAACCUGUAUUUACUGUGGAAGGGCUGGAGCCCUAUGCCUUAUUUAAUCUUUCUGUCACUCCUUAUACCUACUGGGGAAAGGGUCCCAAAACAUCUCUAUCACUCCGAACUCCCGAAUCAGUUCCAUCAGCACCAGAGAAUCCCAGAAUAUUUAUAUUACCAAGUGAAAAACACUGUAACAAGAAUGAAGUUGUGGUGGAAUUUAGGUGGAAUAAGCCUCAGCAUGAAAACGGCGUGUUAACAAGAUUUGAAAUUUUCUACCAAAUAUCCAACCAAAACGACACAAACAAAACAUUUGAAGACUGGAUUGCUGUCAACGUCACUCCCUCAGUGAUGUCUUUUCAGCUGGAGGUCAUGAGUCCCGGGUACAGCGUGGCCUUCCAGGUUCGAGUCUUCACAUCCAAAGGACCUGGACCAUUUUCUGACAUAGUAAAGUCCAAAACAUCAGAAAUUAACCCAUUUCCAUACCUCAUAACUCUUGUUGACAACAAGAUAACUUUAUUAGAUAUGGAUCAAAAUCAGGUCGCAUGGGCAUUUUCAGCAGAAGGUGAUGUUGGUGCCAUGGGCUACACAGCUGAUGAUGCAGUGGGGUACUAUGCUCAGGGAGACUCCCUCUUCCUCCUCAAAAUGGACAACCGGUCCAGCACUAAGAUUUUCAGAGAUGCACUGGUUUUUGAUAUCACAAUUAUUACAAUUGACUGGAUUUCAAGGCACCUCUACUUUGUGCUGAAAGAGUCACAAAACAGAAUGCAAAUAUUUGAUAUGGAUCUUGAAAGCAAGGUGAAAUAUCCCAGGAAGCUGAAAGCUUGCAACAGAAAUUCAACAAUAACUUCUUUUUCUGUGUAUCCUUUUUUAAGUCGCCUAUAUUGGACAGAAGUUUUUGGUUCUGGAUCUCAGAUGUUCUACUACAGUAUUAUCAACCAGACUGUGCAUGGAAUUCUGCAAGCCCCAGUCACAAACCAUCCAAACGGGACCCAGUGUUCUUGCAAUGUGACUGAAUCUGAGUUGAGUGGAGCAAUGACUAUUGACACCUCUGACCUAAAGAAACCACAGAUAUACUUUGUCAAAGGUCAAGAGAUCUGGGCCACAGAUCUAGAAGCAUGUCAGUGUCGGCAAAUUAUCAUCCUGCCUGCUCUUCUUGCAGGAAAAAUGCUUGUUAGCUUGACUGUGGAUGGAGAAUUUCUUUAUUGGAUCUCCAAAGUAGAGGACAGCACACAGAUUUAUCAAGCAAAGAAAAGCAAUGGGGCCAUCCUCUCCCAGGGGGAAGCCCCAAGGAGUAAGCAUAUUUUGGUUUACAGUUCAGUUCUACAGCCUUUUCCAGAUAGAGCAUUUCUGUCUCUAGCUUCCGAUAUUGCAGAGCCAACUAUACUUAACACCACUAACACCAGCCUCACAAUCAGAUUACCACCCACUCGGACAAAACUUACAUGGGACGGCAUCACCAGUCCCACUCCCACAUACUUGGUUUAUUACAAAGAAGUAAUUGACAUGAAGAACAGCUCUGAACUGAGAGAUAAAAUGCUGGAAUUUCAGGGGAGUAUCGCCCUUAUUGAAGGUUUACAACCAUUUUCAACAUAUAUGAUACAGAUAGCUGUAAAGAAUUAUUAUUCAGAUCCUUUGGAACAAAUACCUCUGGGAAAAGAGAUAUGGGGAAAAACUAAAAGUGGAGUACCAGAGGCGGUUUGGCUCAUUAACACAACCGUGCAGUCAGACACCAGCCUCGUUAUAUCCUGGACGGAAUCUCACAAGCCAAAUGGACCGAGAGAGUCCGUCCGCUACCAGGUGGCAAUCUCUCAUCUGGCUCCCAUUCCAGAGAUUCCACUAAGGCAAAGUGAAUAUCCAGAUGGGAGUCUCUCUCUCCUCGUUACUAGACUGUCUGGUGGAAAACUCUAUGUGUUAAAGGUUCUGGCCUGCCAUGCCGAGGAAAUGUGGUGUGCAGAGAGUCACCCUGUCACUGUGGAAACAUUUGACUCGCCAGAGAAACCUUAUGGCUUUCUUCCAGAGAACACUAGUUUGCAGUUACAUUGGAAUGCUCCUUCAAAUGUUCACCUCAUCAGAUUUUGGUGUGAACUCCAAAAGUGGAAGCACAAUGAGUUUUACCAUGUUAAAGCUUCGUGCAGCCAAGGUCUUGCUUAUGUCUGUAGCAUCACAGACCUACAGCCUUAUGCUUCCUAUAAUGUCCGAGUAGUGGUGGUGUACUGGACAGGGGCAAACAGCACCUCUCUUCCAGAAAGUUUUAAGACUAAAGCUGGAGUCCCAAGUAAACCAGGCAUUCCAAAAUUAUUAGAAGGGAGUAAAACUUCAAUACAGUGGGAAAAAGCUGAUGAUAAUGGAAGCAGACUUAUGUACUAUAUCCUUGAGAUCAGAAAGAGCACGUCAAAUGAUUCAUGGAACCAGAAUUUAACAUGGAAGAUGGCAUUUAAUGGCUCAUGCAGUAGCAUUUGCACAUGGAAGUCCAAAAACCUGAAAGGAACAUUUCAGUUCAGAGUAGUAGCUGUAAAUAAUCUGGGGUUUGGUGAAUAUAGUGGAAUCAGUGAUGAUAUUACAUUAGUUGGAGAUGGUUUUUGGAUACCAGAAACAAGCUUUAUACUUACUAUUAUAAUUGGAAUAUUUCUGGUUAUUACAAUCCCAUUAGUCUUUGUCUGGCAUAGAUUAAAGAAUCAAAACACUCCCAAGAAAGGGCUGACGGUUCUCGUAAAUGAAGACAAAGAAUUGGCUGAACUUCGAAGUCUGGCCACUGGCGUAGGGCUGGCAAACGCCUGCUAUGCGAUACAUACUCUUCCGACCCAAGAGGAGAUUGAAAGUCUUCCUGCCUUCCCUCGGGAAAAACUGACUCUGCGUCUCUUGCUGGGAAGCGGGGCCUUUGGAGAAGUGUAUGAAGGGACAGCGGUAGACAUCUUAGGAGUUGGAAGUGGAGAAACCAAAGUAGCUGUGAAGACUUUGAAGAAGGGCUCCACAGACCAGGAGAAGAUUGAAUUCCUGAAGGAGGCACAUCUGAUGAGCAAGUUUAAUCAUCCCAACAUUCUGAAGCAGCUUGGAGUUUGUCUGCUGAACGAACCCCAGUACAUUAUCCUGGAACUGAUGGAGGGAGGAGACCUUCUUACCUAUUUGCGUAAAGCCCGGAUGACGCCGUUUCAUGGUCCUUUACUCACCUUGGUUGACCUCGUGGACCUAUGUGUAGAUAUUUCAAAAGGCUGCGUCUACUUGGAGCAGAUGCACUUCAUUCAUAGGGAUCUGGCAGCUCGGAAUUGCCUUGUCUCCAUGAAAGACUAUACCAGUCCAUCACGGAUAGUGAAAAUUGGGGACUUUGGACUUGCGAGGGAUGUCUAUAAAAACGAUUACUAUAGGAAGAGAGGAGAAGGUCUGCUCCCUGUUCGGUGGAUGGCUCCAGAAAGUUUGAUGGAUGGAAUCUUCACUACUCAGUCUGAUGUAUGGUCUUUUGGAAUUCUGAUUUGGGAAAUUUUAACUCUUGGUCAUCAGCCUUACCCAGCUCAUUCCAACCUUGAUGUUUUAAACUAUGUGCAAACAGGAGGGAGACUGGAGCCACCAAGAAAUUGUCCUGAUGAUCUGUGGAAUUUAAUGACCCAGUGCUGGGCUCAAGAACCUGACCAAAGACCUACCUUCCAUAAAAUUCAAGAACAGCUUCAGUUAUUCAGAAAUUUUUCCUUAAAUAGCAUUUCUCAAUGCAGAGGAGAAGCAAACCCCGGUGGAGUCGUAAAUGAAGGCUUUGAAGAUGAAGAUGGUCAUCCAAUUUGUUUGAAUUCAGAUGACGUCACGUCAGUUGCUUUAAUAGAAACCAAGAACCAAGAAGGGUUACACUACAUGGUACUUGCUACAGAAUGCAGACAAGGUGAAGCCAAUUCUGAGGGUCCUCUAGGCUCUAAGGAAUCUGAAUCUUGUGGUCUGAGGAAAGAAGAGAAGGAACCACACGCAGACAAAGCUAUGUGCCAAGAAAAACAAGUGGCUUACUGCCCUCCUGGCAAGCCUGAAGGCCUGAACUAUGCCUGCCUCACUCACAGUGGGUAUGGAGAUGGGUUUGAUUAACAGCUCUGUUUGGGACAUGCAGGGUUGAGAUAAACACUCCUCCCAUUAAGUGGUCACUGAAAGAAAACCUAGUAGAGUGAUAGGUGUUGUGGUGUGGUGGUCUGUGACUUCAAAUUAACACUGGACAAAGAAACGUAUAGAAGAACUGUACAAUACACUUGCAUUACAAUCUGGAUAAUAGAGAAAUUUACAGGAUAUCUGAGGAGAACGGCCCAUAAAGUAUCAGAUUAAUACUCUCCUGUAUUCUAAUUUUGGUUCUAAGAGCCUUUUGGUUUAGGUUGAGACAAUCUCCAUACCAACAGUCUAACCUUGAGCAGAAUUCUGUGGUGAACCUCUGAGCAUUUGUAAAGCUUAGAAAGACUAAGGAGUCUGGAAAUGAAACUGUAAUUCUUUGCCCUGAGGUCCCUUAGGCCACUUCCCACCCUUCAGUCUGGGCUCUAAGAGCAACAUUUUAGUUAGAGAGAAGAAAAAAAAAAUGUACAUCCAAAGACCUGAAGGAGGAGAACAAGUGUGCUCAGGGGGCCAAGUGAACUACAGAUUAUCCCAAGCAGGACAAAGGAAAUGACUAAAUAACUCUACACAUAAAGAAGGAGCCAGCACCCAAGACACGUCGUUAAGAAAGCUAUUCAUACAAAAAAUAUUGUCCUUAAUGACAACUUAAAAUAUUUUGUUUUUUGGAGUCUUGGAACAGCAGUUUCAAUUAUAUUGCAAAGAGGACCAUGAAGAUCUCUAUGUCCUAAAGUUUAGCAUUCCAUGAUCUUUGGAUCAUAUACAAAUGACUCUGUGAUUUGUGUGCUAUUAAUAUUAUAGGAAUUAGCUAAUACAGAUUUUUUAUUUGCCAUAUCUAUUUUCUACAUAAAAUACUUACGAUUACAUUUGUUACGAAAUUGUCCUUAAAAUUAAAUACAAAUGAUAAUAUAAUGUUAAUUCAAGCUGUAUGAUUUUUAGCAACCAUACAAAAUAAUAAGCACCUAAAUGAGAACUAUUAAAAAAUCGCUUCAGGGAAACACUAAUUUAAAGCCAGUCAUUCUCUGCAGUUGCCCACUUAAAUCAGAAAGCUUCAAGUCUUCUCACAACAGAUCUAAUGAAAGUAUUCGAUGUGUUAUUUAGUUGCAGCAUACAGAAUGUUCACAAGAUACAAAGAGUACUUUGAUCAUACUAAUAACAUUUGCUAAAAACUAUUGUGGAAGCAGAACAUGGAUCCAUUUUCGCUUUGGGUCAUUUAGUUCAUUUUUAAAUUUGUCCACCGCCUGAGAACUUGCAGCGAUGACAGGCUGUGUGGUAAGGUACACAAGGCGGUCAGUGUGUUUGUUCUGUGGUGAACAGCCCCCAGGUAAGGGUCCAGGAGUCAUGGCCACUCUGUCACAUCUAGUAUCCACUGAACAGGCAGAGUAUUUUCCCUCUGAUCUUCGGACUUUUUAAUGGGCAUUGAUCAUUCUUUUUGUUGGCCCACCAUAUGAUGCCCCUUCCCCUGUUGGGGAGUUCCCCUACCUUUAUCUUCAGAUGGGGAGCCAUGUUCAAUUUGCUUCCCUAAGAUCUCAUGCCUUUGUAGAAGGCAGGCAGUGACCCGAGCCCCCACCACUCAGACACACCCACCACAGGCUUUUAAUCGAGAGAGAAGGAAGCAAAGAAACAGGGUCCCCAGUGAGUCAUCCCUGGUCAUGGUGGCAAGUGGAGUUAGUCUGCUCCCAGAACGCAGCGUCCAGGGCCAGGGGAGCCAGGAGAGCAAGCCUGGAGCCUGGUGCCUCCGGCAGCCGGGGCAGGCAGACUGGGGGCUUGGUUCUGCUGUCUGCUUCUAGCAGGGGUUCCCUGCUCCAUAGCCUCUGCGUUCGGUUCUCAAGCCCCCCCAAGGAUUCUGUGACUUAUCUCCAUAACCUUUUAAUAAAUGUUUUUCUUUUAAGUCAGCCAGAGUCAGUUUCUGUUUUUUGCAACUACGACUCUUGCUCUGCCAAAGUAAUACAGAAACUUUAUUUUGGAAUGCACAAAGAAAUGUAUAGAAGAAUUGAAUUUUCGGUACAAUACACUUGCAUUACAAUCUGGAUAAUAGAGAAAUUUACAGAAUAACUGAGGAGAACAGCCCAUAAACUAUCAUGUUUUAGCUAGGAUAUAAUUGCAAAUUAUUAGACUUUUAAAAUUAAUUCAUAAUAAAUGAUAUUGGUAGAAAUAUUUACUACAACAUAAAAUAGACAGUGGCUGAAAUCUCAUAGGAAAAUUUAUUAUAGAUCAAAGUAACUGAUAAAAAUACAAAUGGCUGAUAAUAUUGAAAACUAUAAGUUUAUUCUGGAAAAAUUAGAUUUCAUAAUCAAGAGGGAAAAAUUGGCUAUGGCUAAAAUCGGCACUAGUUAAAAUGUGUUAUUCACUAAAAAUUAACAGAAGAAUAAAAUCUCAUUGAUAAAUUUUUUUAUCUGCAAAAAUGACCUGGGAAUAUUGGACUUGAGAGAAAUUAUGGCUCCCAAAGGCAGAAGUUAUAAUUGGUAUAAACAAAACAAAACAAUACAAAGCCAAUCAAUAACUCUAACCUUCAUUUUAAAUUGUUCAAGGAAAACAAACAGUCUGUAAGAAAAAUAUUUAAGUUGAAAAUGAAAAACAUUUUUUUUAACAUUGCCAGUUGAACAAAGAUUUACCUGGAUAGAAUUAAUAUGUUGCUAUAAUUCUGCUGCAAAUGCUUUAUUCAAAAUGUCCUGGAGAAAAGAACCUGUCCCUGAUCUGAGAUAUUCUGUGUUGCUUACCCAUUCUGGUUUUCCCUGGCCUAUUGGAAUGUUCUCACCUAUUCUUCUCUGCUUAUCUAAAUUCCAGACAUCCUUUAGGGUCAGCUCAUAUUCCAACUUGUUGGAAAGGCUUGUCUCUAACUCCUCCCCUCCUUCUUAUCAGAAUUACUGCUGCUCUUGUCUUUCUGUCUUGUUAACUGGCAAUUAUGGUAUUGUGGUAUGGUAUUUCUACCUUAUUUCUAUAUGUUUUAUUAACUUGAAUAAAUUGCAAGCUU